UAAAUAAAGCUUCGGUGGGGCGCGUGGGUGAUAGUUCUAGAAGGUCCGCGUGAACCGCAGACGCAGCUCCGGCUCCAGACAGACAGCAGAUAAAACCCAACUCACAUUAUUUCAGUAUCUGUGACCCAGAAAGAUUAGCGGUACCGACUGAACCUGGGAACAUGGCAGAGAGCGACUGGGACACGGUGACAGUGUUGCGGAAGAAGGGCCCGACCGCUGCCCAGGCCAAGUCCAAGCAGGCGAUCACUGCUGCUCAGAGACGGGGGGAAGACGUUGAAACAACAAAGAAAUGGUCUGCAGGGCAGAAUAAACAGCAUCUGGUGACAAAGAACACAGCCAAGCUGGACCGGGAGACAGAGGAACUGCACCAUGAGAGGGUUUCCCUUGAGGUUGGAAAGGUGAUUCAGAAAGGUCGACAGGAUAAAGGCAUGACCCAGAAGGACCUGGCCACUAAAAUUAAUGAGAAACCUCAAGUGAUCGCAGAUUAUGAAAGUGGGAAAGCCAUUCCCAACAACCAGGUCAUGGGCAAAGUAGAGAGAGCAAUAGGCCUUAAACUUCGUGGGAAGGACAUUGGCCAACCCCUGGAGGCAAAACCCAAGAAAAAAUGAACAUAAAGCCUCGAAAUCAGCCCCCCCCACCCCUGUGUUCCCUUUGAACCCGUUCCCUGCACCACAUUGACCCUGAGCUCCGCCCCUUUCCCCACCCCCUCCACCUGGGCUGAUCUCACUGGCGUCCUGCCUCAGGACCUGGUGUUCCACGUCAUUACAGGCUGCAUCCCGAACAGUCACCGAUAACACUUUAAUCAGUUACAUGAAUGAAUAAAGGAAUGAUCUGAUGCUUUUUUCAACAUCAUAAACUCAAAGUUCUGUGAAUUUUCUCCUUUCUCUUAUGUCUGCUUUGGCUUUGGCAUGACCAAUUCAACUUCUGUUUUUUUAAUGAUGUAAAGUCAGUGAAAAGGUGAGUUUGAUUUCAUGACCAGAUCAGUUUUAAUUCUGAGCAUGAUGUUAACGCCAAAAGUGCUUGAUCGCAUCAGUUCUUUUUCACACACUCGACAGUGGGUGGAUUAUUCAUUAUUACAGUGUCAAUAUUUUAAUGCUGUGCUUUGUUUUGAUCGAAAAAUAAAGUCUGGCAGUUGAUGAUC